AACAGACCCUGCAUCCACCAGAGGAAACGGAAAAGACGAAACAUACAAGGAUUCAAACCCUCCAGGCUGUGGAAAGAACACAGAGUUCAUUCUUUUACGUUGCUUUUUAAAAAAUACAGCCCAGUCCCGUUCUCCAAAUCUCUCCACUUUCUGCGCAUCUUUUUCUCCAGCUGUUUGCAGCUGGCACAAUCCACCCGCCUUGUUCGGGUAAAAACAGGCUCUGCGAUUGACCGGAGAGGAAGAGAGGAACUGAGACACAAAGAAAGAGAGAGAAAGAGAUGCCUCCCCAGCCUCCUCCUCAGCCACAGGUGAAGCAGAACAUCCUGCGGUUCCUCAGGAGCUUCCUGGGAAUCACCCGGAUCCUGCAGCUUGUGUUCGGCACCGGGCUGUGGGUCACCAUUGCUGCCAACAAAUACGAGGGAUCCAUCCACUUCGUGUUGUUCGUCGCCGUCCUCUUCUGGCUACUCACCCUCGCCCUCUUCUUCCUCACCCUGCUGAACAAACAGGACCUCGUCCCGUUGCUGGGGGGCGAGCACUGGCUGUGCGCCAACCUGACGCACGACGUGGCUGCAGCCGCGCUCUACCUGGCGGCCAUAGGUGUGAUGAUCGACAAGACCAAGAGCAACUCGUACUGCAUCGUGCAUCACUACAAGCACUUUUGUCUGUACAAGGUCUACCUGACUGCCUCCGUGUUCGCCUGCCUCUGUUGCCUCACCUAUCUCCUGGCGGUCGUUUAUGGCGCGCGCAGGAGGCACCGAGGAGAGAAAAGUGUCUUCUAAAAGACACCCGAGCAGGUGAUGGAGACUGGGUAUCCCUCAAGAUGAAGAAUAGUUUACUUCACUGUAAUUAAGAAAGUUUUCUGCUGUGGCAGAUUCAGCAGCCUUGCAUGAGAUUGGGAGGAAAAUGGUUUUCUGCACGAUUUUAAUUAGUUAUUUAAUACACUUUCCCUCUCAGAGAACCAUAAGCGCCUUAAUACAGCAAAGAAAUGUUAGUAAAAUUGAUCAGUUUUAUAGAUUAUUUUGGUACAUGUUUUCAGUUUAUGACCUCUGUAAUUCUGAAUUUAUUUUCCAGAUGUUUUUUACAUUUUUUCUAAAUCUUUGACUUAUCUUGACACAUUUUCUUGGUUUUUUUUAAAUACGUCAUCCUCUGUCAGAAUGCUGUAACAACUCCACAACAGGGAUGUGACUGGUGCUGCAACAUGUAUGCCAAAUCAGAAACACUUCUUUAAUACUUUCAAGAAUAAAUGUGGAGAAGGA